AUGACUUCUAAGAUCAAAUCACCCCCCGCCAUCACUGUAUUCCGAGGGUUUGACGAUAAGGGGCAGCACGUUUGGUCUCCUUUCGUCGUGAAAUUGGAGACUCGUCUACGUUUCGGAAAUCUCUCCUAUCGUGCUGAAGCCGGGUCUCUUUUCAAAGCGCCGCGCGGGAAAAUUCCCUACAUUUCGAUUGAGCACGCAGACGGUCGCGCCGAGACCCUGGGCGACUCCACCCUCAUAACCAAGGCCUUCAUAGAGUCGGGCUAUUUGGAAGAUCUCAAUACUCACCUUUCAGCAAUUGAACAGCUUCAGGAUAUGGCCAUCAGAGCCCUGUUAGAGGAAAAGCUUUACUUUUACCAGGGCCAUGAGCGAUGGAUCUUAAAUUAUUAUGCCAUGCAAUCCAAGAUCUUUGGCAGUCUACCUUGGCCUAUCCGAACUAUUUUGGGGAACAUUGUCUACAACAAGACCACAAAGGCCAUGGAAGGACAGGGUACUCUGAAAUUCAGCGCUGAGGAGAUUUUGGGCUUCCGUCACGAUAUCUGGCAGGCUAUGAACAAUUAUGUGGUAGCGAUCAUGGCAAAACAAAACGACCGAGAUGGGCCCGUCUGGUUGCUUGGAGGUGAUCAGCCCACUGAAGGCGACGCCGUUCUGUUUAGUUUCAUUGCAUCUAACUUGGUCAGCAAGGCUGCACCGGAUUCAAGACAGACUCUCAAAUCCCAUCCUCCCCUUAUGGAUUAUGCUAGGCGAAUCCAUGAAAAAUACUUUCCUGAUUAUGAGCUCUGGGAAUCGUAA